AGCCUGGUGAGGAUAAUAGAGAUAAUCUACAAGACAUGAAAACAAAUAAUAAGAGCCUAGCUAGUAUGUCUGGGGCCAUUCAGUACAGGACCAGACCUGAAAACAUAGUAAUGAAUGUUCAUCAAUUAGCUUAAAUCAUAUUUGGAGAAAUCUUUUUAAGAGUGCGGUAAUCUACGUAAUAUACUUUAGAUUGUCACUCAGGAUGAUUAACAAGUGUUCUUAAAGGAGUAGAACAUUGUGCUAUAUCAGAUGACUUAUUUCAUGAAAGAUCCGUAGUACCUACUCUGACCAAGAUGUUUUUCAUUUGUUUUGCCAUUCAGAGCACCAUGAUUCCAGACUGAAAAGCCUUUCGUGCUAGGCCAGUAGUAAAGAAAGGUGAUCUAAAUGGUGUAGCACCCCAUACCACACCUUUUCUUCAGAGUUAGAUAAAGGAGAAUAUUUUCUUAGCGUGGAUUGCUGCCUUUGGUAAGAACAUGUCGUCCAUCUUGCCAUUCACUCCACCAGUUGUAAAGAGACUGCUGGGAUGGAAGAAAUCAGCUGGUGGAUCUGGAGGAGCAGGUGGAGGAGAGCAGAAUGGACAGGAAGAAAAGUGGUGUGAGAAAGCAGUUAAAAGUUUGGUGAAGAAGCUAAAGAAAACAGGACGAUUAGAUGAGCUUGAGAAAGCCAUCACCACUCAAAAUUGUAAUACUAAAUGUGUUACCAUACCAAGCACUUGCUCUGAAAUUUGGGGACUGAGUACACCAAAUACGAUAGAUCAGUGGGAUACAACAGGCCUUUACAGCUUCUCUGAACAAACCAGGUCUCUUGAUGGUCGUCUUCAGGUAUCUCAUCGAAAAGGACUGCCACAUGUUAUAUACUGUCGAUUGUGGCGCUGGCCUGAUCUUCACAGUCAUCAUGAACUCAAAGCAAUUGAAAACUGCGAAUAUGCUUUUAAUCUUAAAAAGGAUGAAGUAUGUGUAAACCCUUACCACUACCAGAGAGUUGAAACACCAGUUUUGCCUCCGGUAUUAGUGCCACGGCAUACUGAAAUCCUAACAGAACUACCACCUCUGGAUGAUUAUACCCAUUCCAUUCCAGAAAACACUAAUUUCCCAGCGGGAAUUGAGCCACAGAGUAAUUAUAUCCCAGAAACGCCACCUCCUGGAUAUAUCAGUGAAGAUGGAGAAACAAGUGAUCAACAGUUGAACCAAAGUAUGGAUACAGGAUCUCCAGCAGAACUAUCUCCUACUACUCUUUCCCCUGUUAAUCACAGUUUGGAUUUGCAGCCAGUUACUUACUCAGAACCUGCAUUUUGGUGUUCAAUAGCAUAUUAUGAAUUAAACCAGAGGGUUGGAGAGACCUUCCAUGCAUCACAGCCUUCGCUCACUGUAGACGGCUUCACAGAUCCAUCAAAUUCAGAGAGGUUCUGCUUAGGUUUACUCUCCAACGUCAACAGAAAUGCUACAGUAGAAAUGACAAGAAGACAUAUAGGAAGAGGAGUGCGCUUAUAUUACAUAGGUGGGGAAGUUUUUGCUGAGUGCCUAAGUGAUAGUGCAAUCUUUGUGCAGAGCCCCAAUUGUAAUCAGAGAUAUGGCUGGCACCCUGCAACAGUGUGUAAAAUCCCACCAGGCUGUAAUCUGAAGAUCUUCAACAACCAGGAAUUUGCUGCUCUUCUGGCUCAGUCUGUUAAUCAGGGUUUUGAAGCCGUGUAUCAGCUAACUAGAAUGUGCACCAUAAGAAUGAGUUUUGUGAAAGGGUGGGGAGCAGAAUACAGAAGGCAGACAGUAACGAGCACUCCUUGCUGGAUUGAACUGCAUCUGAAUGGACCCCUACAGUGGUUGGACAAAGUAUUAACUCAGAUGGGAUCCCCGUCAGUACGUUGCUCAAGCAUGUCAUAAAGCUUCGUCACCAAUCAAGUCCCAUCAAAAGACUUAAUGUAACAACUCUUCUGUCAUAGUAUUUGUGUAUGGUCCCCAUGGACUGUUGACUAUCCAAAAAUUCAAGAGAGAAAACAGCACUUGAGGUUUCAUCAAUUAAAAGCACCUUGUGGAAUCGGUUUCCUAUAUUCGAAUAUUAGAUGGGAAAAUUAGUGUCUAGAAAUACUCUCCCGUAAAGGAGGAAGAGAAGAUUUUAAAGACUUAGUAAUGUCUUGUUGGGCAUAAAACUGAGUGUCCCAAAGGUUUAUUAAUAACAGUAGUAGUUAUGUGUACAGGUAAUGUAUCAUGAUCCAGUAUCACAGUAUUGUGCUGUUUAUAUACACUUUUAGUUUGCAUAAAUUAGGUGUGUGUGUGCUGCUUCUUGAUUUAGGCAAGCCUUUAUAAAGUUACAGUAGCUAAUCUGUUAUUCCCACUUCUCCGUUAUUUUUGUGUCUUUUUUAAUAUAUAAUAUAUAUCAAGAUUUUCAAAUUACCAUUUAGAAGCAGAUUUCCCUUGUAGAAAAACUAAUUUUUCUGCCUUUUACCAAAAAUAAACUCUUGGGGGAAGAAAAGUGGAUUAACUUUUGAAAUCCUUGACCUUAAUGUGUUCAGUGGGUCUUAAACAUUCAUUCUUUUUGUGUUUAUUUACUGCUAAAUCUCAUUAUAAGGAGACCUUGCCGAAAAUCUUUCCAAACCUCUUCAUUCCCACUUUUGUCCUGAUACCAAAACUGCGUAGCAUGGCAACCAUCACUGUGAUGGUUGCACUGAUACUGCCAGCACCAGUUAAUUCUGGGUACUGUAAGACUUCAUAUGGAGUAUGCCCCUUUGUCUUACAUCAAAUUUCAACAGAUAAUAAUUGACUUGUAUGACCUGGCAGUCUAUCGAUUUAUCCUUACACCUCAUAAAAAAUGCACAGGUGGCAGUAUAAUUUUCAGGGAUAUGCUACAGUAUACAAUAUGCAGUAUAUUUAUCCUUUUUUAAAAGCCAAUAUAGAUAUAAACACUCUUUUUUAAAAGGUAUUUACAAAUAUUUCAAUAGCAGGCCUUGUGCUCUCUGAUUUGAGUAGUUUCAUUUGAUUUAGUUACCAGAUUGUAUUAUAAAAUGGACUUUUUGUAAAUGUAAUCGCUUCUGCAAAAUACCUAGAAAAGUGAUGCUGAGGUAUGAUCAGCAGAUAGGGGCCAUCUGUUUUUAAAGUAUGUUGUAUUCAAUUUAUAAAAUCUGUUAUUUUACAUGAUUAUGAAUUCAGAAUUUUAAAAAUUGGGGGAGAAACAGUUUAGCAGGUUUUUUAGCUUACAGUUACCUACAGUCUGAGCUGUUCUUAACUAACCUUGAAUAUGCAGUUGAUUAUUAUAACCAACCAUAUUUUAUGCUCUGCAUUGAAAAGAGAUUCCAGAAGCUCUGUCGGUAGUCCAUUCUGCAGCAAAUAAUCCUUAUGUCUAAUGUUAACUCAUUACAGUUUAAACAUUUCUUAUUUGCAUCUUGAUAGAAAUGGAAAAUAACUACUCCUGGUCCCCUUCUAGUAAAGAUUUUCGUAUUUUUGAAGAUAGA